CAGUAAUUGAAGUUCAAAGCUUGUUGAAGUUCGACUUAGACAAACGCAUUCAUGCAUGCCAAGACACUCCUUCACUGCCUCAAAAGAAAGAAGGAUAAACUACUCAAACGGGCCCUUCUCUUCUUCUUCUACUUCUCUCUCCUCCACACCCCCUCCAACUCAACACGGAUCAACCCCCAAUCCCCACACCGAACCCUAAUCUGCUAUGCCCAGAUUACACGGCUCAACUAGCUGUACGCAAACAGAGACAAGCCAGUCAUGCGUCGCGGAUGUCCACUUUAUCCGUUGCCU